AUGGCUGCCGACAAGGAACUCACCUUCAAGGAGGUUGCUGCCCACAAAACCAAGAAGGACCUCUACCUGAUCGUCCAUGACAAGGUCUACGACUGCUCCUCCUUCGUUGACGAGCACCCUGGUGGUGAGGAGGUUCUGCUCGAUGUAGCCGGUCAGGAUGGCACCGAAGCCUUCGAGGACGUCGGACACAGUGACGAGGCACGAGAGAUCCUGGAUGGUCUGCUCGUUGGUACCCUCAAGCGCCUGCCCGGCGACCCUGCCCCCGCGGCCAACACGCAAUCCUCCUCUAACUCUUCCGGCCCCAGCGCCGCUGCCGGCCUUGGGGUUGGUCUGUACGCCUUUAUUCUGAUCGGUGGUGCUGUCGCCUACGCUGCUUAUCAGUACCUCGUAGCCUCUACGGCUGCCGAGGCUUAG